GAGGAUUCCUGCACAGCUCCAGGGUGAUGAGGAGGUUAAGCCAGCCCCUCUCCGUCCUCUCUCGGUUGCAGCCCACCACCAGUCCAGCUGCCUCCAGUCCGACUUCACGCCGCAGCACAGCGCAGAGCAGACAUGGACUCAUCCAAACUUUAACUUUCAGCUCUUCCUCUCUCGCUGAGCUCCCCGUGAAAAGCUCCUUUGGCAGCCGAGGACGCAUGGAAAUCUAAUUUCGCCCCAAUUUUCGGUCAGUCGGUCAAGUCUGUGGAGGCUAUUGUUUGUUUUGCUCGGUUUGUAUGGUUCACUCAUGCGUCGGGAAUGCCAUGGCCACUCCGAGCGCACAGCAGCAGCACCAGGAUUAUUUCAGAUCGGUGAGCAGCGAGUCCACCACCUACAUGAUGGUCCCAGCCGGCGGGCCGAGCGGGACCGCGGGGCGCAGGGAAGCGCCGUCCAAGAUGUGGGUGGCGAUGGUGGUGAUAGUGGUGGUGGUGCUGCAGAUUGCGUCCACCACGGGGCUCUUUGUCUACCUGAACAUGUCCAUAUCACAGGUGCGCAGCCAGGGAGUGACGGAGGAGUUAAAAUGCCUGAGUUUACUCAAUGCUCUGGACAAGGACCAAGACAUCCCAGACCAGCUGGCCCAGCUCUUCGGAGAACCUUGCAUCAAACUGGCUGAAGGCAUCAAAGCUUACAUCUCCAAGGUGACAGAGAACAUCAUCUCCAAACAAACCUUCAUUGAGGCCAGAACCAUGCCUCGCUCCUUCAACAAUUCGGGGUCGAAGUUUGUGACCUCGAUGGCCCAGAGGCCAUCUGCCCACUUGACCCUUCGAGACACCAGCUCUCAAGCAGGGUUCCCUCCCUACCCGAUCCUGACGCCAGGACUCCACCAGUCCUGUCGCCACGUGGUCCGCUCGUGGGCUAAUCAGAGCUUCGGCGCGCACCUGCACAACAUGACCCUGUCCAAUGGGAAGCUGCGGGUGCCCCAGGAUGGGCGGUACUACCUGUACUCGCAGGUGUAUUUCCGUUAUCCGUCCCCAGCAGCCGGUGACGGGGACCAGCGCAGCGUCAGCCACCAGCUGGUUCAGUGUGUCUACAAGAAAACCUCCUACCCAAGCCCCAUUCAGCUCCUGAAGGGGGUUGGAACCAAGUGCUGGGCCCCGGACGCCGAGUACGCCCUUCAUUCCGUCUACCAGGGAGGCCUGUUUGAGCUGAGGGCCGGCGACGAGCUCUUCGUCUCCGUGUCUUCGCCCACCAUGGUGAAUGCCGACGACUCCUCCAGCUACUUCGGCGCCUUCCGUCUGGACCUCUGAGAGGAAAGGAUGGGAGAGGAACGAACGUUUGGGAUGAUGGACGGAUAAACAGAUGGGCUGGAGACAUUGAGUUAAGGGCCUUUUAAUAAUCCAUUGAUUGGAGAAUAAAAGUGUCGUUUAGACAGAAGUGUGGGAUGCUGCCCUGUAUCUUGGAUCCUCAAUGUUUGCUCGGACAUGUACAUUGAAGGAUGGAGGAGUUGGGGUUUGAAAGAUUUGCUUGGAGUGAAUGGGAAAAGAACGAGCGGAUUUGUCAUUCCAACUGUCCAUUAAGAGAAACCUAACCGUUGAGAGCAAGAUUAUACAGAAGACACAUGUGCAAUCAUGGAAAAUAAAUGUGAGGAUAUUGAUGAUUUAUGGUUGAUUCUUGAGGUGGGAAUUUGCUGUUUUGGAUGGCAAAAAAAGAGAAAACCAAGAGGAGAAACACCCCGAAAGAAAUCUGGCUACCCUGCAGUCUGUAUCCCAAAUUAAUCUAUAAAUCCCAACACAUCUCCUCCGUCAACAGCAGUUUUGUGGGAAGCAAUCGGACCCUCGGAUUUGGAUUCCAGACCGAAGAAUGUACACACAAUAAAAAACCUGAUCCUCUGCAUCGAAGCUGAGAGGACAGACCGUCAAAGGGCGGCAGAAGAAAAUCAACAAAUGAAACCAAAGUAAGAAUUUGUGGAGUGUAACUUUAAGCGUGCCAUGAGGACUGUGCAUAUGUGUGGCUGAGAUUUAUACAAUGAACCGUGGUGAUUUUUAAAGUAAUUCUUAUGUAUUUUACUUUGACUGGACUUAAAACCACUUGGGGCUGUUUAUGGACUUUCUACUCGAGAACUGUGGAUUUUAUGCAAAGACUUUUGGUGUGAGGAUCAGGAUUGCCUCUUUUUUACCGGACACUGUGGGAAGAGCUUUUCGAACAAGAGACUGCAAACAAAAGGUGGAGGAAGAGGGAGAAGUCUUGUAAAUGCCAACAAGAAUGAUACUGAGGGUUGUUGAUCUCUUUUCUGGCUUUGACAUUCCAGCGAUUCUUCCUCCUCUCUCCUUGUCAUGUAAACCAUUUUAUCCAUCUCAUCUUUCUUGUCUAACCUGUGAAGCCACAUUGCAUUUUAUUUUAAGGAUCAGCUUAGACAACAAACACUCACGCAAACCAGCUCGUUGCACAAUCACAAGCACACGUGAACUUUUUAAGGUUAGCUGAGGUUACGUGGGACUACCGUUUCUUCGAGUACUUCUUCUACACGGAGACACAGUUGAUGAAACGCUCACCUGACUAAAACAACUUCACUUUUCAACCACACUUUUACACAAAACAAACAAACUCAUGCUUUGGAACUUCAUUACAAACCAAUUCUAGUGGCGCUUUUACAAAAGGCUCAUUGAAAGGUGCACAAAAAUUCAGACACGAAUUUAGCACAGAAAUUCAAAGGUAUGAUUUAUCAUUUUGGAAAUACAGGCUUUUUUUAUAUCCAUUUGAUAUUUAUGAAGCUAAAUCCCAACAAACAGAUAGAUUAGCUGAGCAGAGGGGAACAGGCUAAUUGUGGGUAAGGUUAGCCAGUUUAUUCCCUGUUUGCAGUGAUGCUAUGCUAAUCUAACUGUCUUUAUUGAAGAGUUGCAUAAGUGGUGUCGAUCCUCCAAGAGGAUCUUCCAAAACUAUUCUGUCCAUGCUAACUGUGCUAAAUUCAGACUGAGUCUAUUCCCCAAAAUGUGCAUCUGCUCCUGCCAAUCAUUGUCGUCAAUGAGAAAACAAAGCUUACAUCUAUGCUAUCUGCGCUGCAGUUGCUCAUGCUAAACAGAUUAAUACAAAAGAUGACGAUACACGCUGUACACAAACACACAUGCAAACAUUUUGAAGCAAUUUAGACAAUUAAAAGGCCGAAACCCACCCAUGUGCUGCAAAUUUAGAACAAAAAGUCCCUCAGCGAACAUUUUUUUUCAGGAAAACACGGAGCAGACUCGCAUAAAGAAAGAUGUGGAAGGAGCUGGAGAGGAUAUUCAGACAUAAACCAUGCACCGCCGAGCACAAACUCAACCCCUACAUGCUUUUUUUUUCUCUGCAGAUACACACAUCACCUCACAGUACAUGGAGGCUAGCCCGAGCUCUGCAGACACACACAUCAUCCGGUGUCACAUCAAGUGUAAAAACACAAACAGACUCUGACACACACACUCAUUAAUCCACGCUGUCUGGCCUCCCUGUGCCAUCUGGUAAUUGUCAGUGUGUGUAUGUGCAUUUACAGUAUAUGUUUGUUCAAAGGGCAUGCACAAAUCAGAAAUUCAGGUCAAACAAACUGACUCACACCUUCUUUUUUUGUUUGGCGUGAAAGGAAAAAGGAUUAACACGUCAUUUCUAAAGGUGAAAUCCAUACUAAGCUCCUCCCUCUGGCACUGUGGUUCACAUAUUCCUGUGUAUAUACUCUGUAAGCUUUGAAAACACAACACAUCCGGUUUAUUUUUCUGCUCCGACCAUAAAAUUGAGGGUAUAUUUUUUCACUUUGUGUUAGAUUGCUGUAUUUGCUGCUUUUUUUUUUUUUCCCCCUCACCUGGUCACGUUUCUGUUGGGCUCCAUCGCAUUGCACACGCCAAGCUCGCUCUCUGUCUGAACCCAAGCCUCUGGGUCUGUUUAUUAUCCGGGGUAGAACUUCAACAAUCGCGAUAAUGCAACGUGUUAUGACAAGGCGGCUCCUUGGACCAGCUGGGAAAACAUUUUGGUUGAAUGUGUGUGAGCUGUGUUUGUGCUGGACAGUUCUAUAGCUGCGAACAAGUGUAGCGCGGUGUUGCUGAGACAAUAAACUACUAUCUGAA